UCGUUCUGCCGCAUCAAACUCUUGUCAAGCAAGGCAUAGAAUCAGAAGCAGCGAGGAGGAAAAUCAGUCGGAAAAUCUUCUUAAAUUUAGUAAAAUCAUUCGCUUAUUGGAAAUAAUGUCCGUAGCAAACGUUGCCAGCUACCUGGCGGAACAGAAGAAAACUUCUGAUAAGGAACUGGCCGCAGAGUGGACUCAAAUCGAGGAGUUGUACAAUGAGAAGUUGUGGAAUGAAUUAACUAUCAAAUUGAACAGUUUCGUUAAGAAUCCGGCUCUACAGAACGAGGAAUCUUUGUUAGGACUCUAUCAUAACUUUAUCACUUCUUUCGAAACCAAGAUGAACCCCUACGGCCUGGUGCAGAUCCUUACGGUGGUGAUUUCAUUCAUCGAAGACAAAAAGGAGGCCGUAGCCUUCUUGGAGAAGCUCAAGGAAAAGGUUAAAGUCUGCGAUGAGGCACUUUGGAUGUGCAAAGUGCUCCAGGGACAAAUCUAUCUGGAACAUUUGAACGAACUCGACGAGACGAAAAAGAUUAUCGAGGAUCUGAAGGAUAUCCUGGAGGAGGCCGGUAACGUAACGCCAGUCCACGGCAAGUACUACAUGCUGGCGGCCAACUAUUACCGUCUGGUCGGUCAACACAGCGACUAUUACCGAUGUGGUUUGCAGUUUUUGGGCUGCUCGAUGGACACGUAUCCGAAGGACCAAUGGGCCCAGCAAGCAUUCUUCCUUGGUUUGGCCGCUCUGCUGGGCGAAGGUAUCUACAACAUCGGUGAAUUGUUGGCCCACCCGAUCCUGGAAUCGCUCAACGGAACGGAGAACGAGUGGCUGGUCGAGCUGUUGCGUGCUUUCAAUUUCGGCGAUAUCGUAAAGUUCGAACAGAUGAAACCCAAGUGGAGCACGAUUGCCGAUUUGGCCGCCCAAGAGGUGAAACUGCGACAGAAAAUAUCCUUACUGUGUCUGAUGGAAAUGACGUUCAAGCGGCCGGCCAACAAGCGAACUAUCAGCUUCGAAGAAAUUGCCAAGGAGGCAAAAUUGCCGAUUAAAGAAGUUGAAAUACUGAUAAUGAAGGCACUCGCCCAGGGCUUGGUCAAGGGAGCGAUCGAUGAGGUGGCCGGUGUGGUCAACAUGACCUGGGUUCAGCCGAGGGUGUUGGAUCGGAAACAGGUUGCGGCCAUGGCCGGUACGCUGGACAACUGGAUGGCGUCGAUCACCAACAUGGAACAGCUGAUCGAAAGCCGGGCGAGUGAAAUUUUGACGAACUGAUUUUCUUUACUUACCUUUAUAAUAUAAAACGUACGUUUUCGUUUGUAAAUUGGAUCUUUUUAUUCAAUGAAAAGCUGAUAGAUUAUACUUUA